GGAUGGACGCUCCCGCUGAUUGGACACUCAGUAUAUGCAAAUCACCGUGUCCUGACGUCACUUCCUCGCUGUAUCCCCUGCCGCCAUUUUGUGGCGGUGAGUGAGUCAGUGUGGGAGAAGGCGGGCCGGCGGCGGACCGUGCGGCAGCGGAGCGGGCGGCGAGAGGGAUCGUGCUCACCCACCCACACGGUGUAACGGCGCAGCCCGAGGGGGAGGAGGAGGAACAGUGCGAUCCGAGGAGCGGCUCCCGCCACAGACAGGUGAGCGCGGACAGAGCGGGAGCGGCGGCACGUGCUGCGCGGGUAAUGGGGGGUGUGUGUGUUUAAUGGUGUGAUAGGGGGCGGGGGGGUACAUGCAUACAUAGUGUUAUACUGUAUAUGGUGAUUGAUCAAUGGCAGCGCCGGCCGCACGGGGCUCUGGGAGUCAAUGGGUUAAUGCAGCCCGCCGUUAUUUCCGGCUGUUUUGUGACCCGGUGGGGGGCGGGGCGGUGUGCCCACCAUAUACAGCGCAAUCUAGGGCCACGUUCCAUGCGCGGCUCGCGCGGUAACCCCGCCCACGGAGCCGUGACGUCACUGUCCGUUGUAGAGCUCGCACAGGAUGUUCCCAUAGACCGAGCAUUGCCAUAGCCCAUCAUUGCUAUCAAUCAAACAAACCAGGAAUUGGGUUUAUUUGUUACAGAGUCCCUUGGGGGCAGUGCUAUUCUCUGAGCCUUUGUAGACAGUGUCUGUUGUUUUAUUGGGAUUGGAACAGCGGAGCCACUAAUGGAUAUUACCUAAAAAGUACCAUCAUCACUGUGUGGCGUUUAAAAGUGAAACACUGCAUGUAGGGGGUUUAACCCCUCAACUGCUGCAGGUACAACUACACUUCUGGUAGUAUUAACCAGGAACUAAAAUGUCAGCCAUUGGCUAACUGUUAGCUUGUUUUGGCUCUGGAAAAGUUAGAGUAUUGAGUCUGGCAGGCACUUGGUUAAAGGGAUAACCCCUACUAAACGGUUAACAUUAAUGGACCAGGAUACUCCUGGCAUCACUAUAGUGGUUUUGAUGUUUGGAGUAAACCUAUAUGAUACUUUAUUGGGUACGCCUUCGUUCCUGGGAGACACCCAGUGCGCAUGCGUGGCAUUUUCCGUGCCCGCAUUAGGACUUCCCCAUAGAAAAGCAUUAUACAAUGCUUUCCUAUGUAGAUUUAGAAGCUAAAAAUCCUAGCAGGGGACAAGAACUACAGUGGAACCUCGGAACUCGAACCUAAUGCGUUCCAGAAGGCUGUUCGAGUUCCGUUUGAAAACCGAAUCGAUAUUUUUCAUAGCUAUGCAUGUAAAUUUGAUUAAAGGAACACUAUAGUCACCUGAACAAUUUUAGCUUAAUGGGGCAGUUUUGGUGUAUAAAACAUGCCCCUGCAGCCUCACUGCUCAAUGCCAUUUACCAGUUAAAUCCCUUUGUUUAUGAACCCUAAUCAUACUUCCCUGCAUGUGACUUGCACAGCCUUCCAUAAACAUAAAUGUUUGCGUACCGAAGAUUGUUCGCGUACCAUUUUUUUACUCAAGGUUUUAGUUCAAAUACCAAAUUUUUUUGUGAACAGAAACGUUCAUGUUCCGAGGUUCCACUGUAUAAUUAAACAGACUGUUCAAUAAUGGAAGUGUGUAGCCUGUGUAAGUCACAAAGUGAUUUCAAUCCUCAAUGGGAGAGCAUUGAGCAGGGGCAUGACCUAUACACCAAAACUGCUAAAUUAAGCUGGAGCUGUUUUGGUGACUAAUGUUCAUUUAACGGCACAGUUAGACAUCCCUGAAGUGUAGUUAUUGGUUAGUGCCUCACAUAAAUAUUUGAAUACUUUAAUUAAAUUCAAUGCUUCUUUGAGAAGUAUCUGAUUGCCACACAUGCACUGUAGGCUCCUGAUGCCUAGAUUGGCCCUCAGAUCAUUCAAAAUGAUGAUCUUGUUAAAGGAGCAGCUGCAGCACCACGGUGGAGCUGGUUAAAAGGUGAGUUUGCAUUUUUAUUUUUUAACGAGUGGGAGGGGGUAUACAGAAAUAUUUUUAUGUUAGCAUGUUUCUUUAGGACAACUGCAAUGAAUGGACAAAUGCAAGUUGUCUCCUGCUAAGAAUUACCAUUUUGAUUGCUUUCCCUCUGACAUUCAACGGGUUAAUACAUUCUAUGGAUUCAAAACUGGAAUUGAGGUGGUUGAUGUCGUCACCUGCUGCUUUAAAUAUUGGUGGAAAGACCAUGCAUGUUGUAAGCCAGGCUGAGUGAAGCGCAUAAGUUCUUUAGGCCCUCCCCAAAAUAAACGCAACAAAAGUAUUAACAUUAAAGUUUUACUUCUUUAUUCCAGCGCUGGACGAAGAUCUCGUUGCGCCCCUGUCUGACAUGCCAAUGUCCAAUUAAAUUAUUCUAGAGAAGCAUUUGGAGUCAGUGAUGGGAGGGAGAGGAGGAGGAGGUGGGAGGGUGACAAAAAAAAAUUGUGGAUGUGAUAGGGAGGAGGGGAUGACUACGUUCAAUGAGCUCUGCCUGUAAUGGAGAAGCUGUCGAGAGACCUAUUUUAUGCACAGAAUUGACAUGAGGCAGCCUGGAACAGAAUUCCAGUUUGUCCAAGUCACGUAUGCUGGAAGUACAACUAGCUUCUGGCAGAGUAUUGCCAAUAUCUCUGCACAUACAGGCACCUACCAAAAAGGUAUAGUGGUUGGAGUAACCCUUUAACGUCUUUUGUAAAAGCCUGUCUAAUUAAAUAAAAAUAAAGCUACAAGUUUGUGUUUUUCUUUUUUUAAAAGCCUGCAGAAAGGUAAUGCUGGUUCAUUUAACAUUUACUUUAUUUUGCAAAAUAGCCACUGCAGGGCUUUGAGGUGUUCAUUGUGCCUGGAGACUGUCUGUGCAGUGUUUAAGUAUCUCUACCACAGAUACCUUCAUUGGGGUGUCAUUAGCUAGCCCAGAACUAGGGUUACGGUCUUGCUGUUGCCAAUUCCCCCUCCCCCUAAAAAGGCAUUAAAACUCACCUUAUUGCCAGCGCUGGCCCCGCCCUUGACUAGCCUCCUGGAUUACAUAAUCAGAACUACCGAUUUUUAGCUAAUCCCAAAAAAAAAAUUGAUAUGGGGCGGGGAGAAACACUGUUUUGGCCAAUCGGCACCUCAUAGAGAUGCAGUGAAUCAAUACCUCUAUGAGGAAAAUUCAGCGUCCCUAUGCAGAGCGCUGAACUGCAGUGCUGCCUACUUUGCUGCACAUAGAAUGUGACGGCAAAUGAGAACCUUCAGCCCAUCUAGUCUGCCCAAUAGCACCACUCCAGGAAGCACCUCCUGUGGCCAACUGAGUGGCGGCCACUUGGAGGUGUCUCUAGGGGCAAUGUUAACACUGCCUUUUCUCAGAAAAGGCUGUGUUUGCAUGGAAAUGCCUGCAUAUAAUGAUUAUACUCACCAGAACAACUACAUUAAGCUGUAGUUGUUCUGGAGACUAUAGUGUCCCUUUAAAUUAUUUGCACGAACAAAGUGAUUUAACUCCUACCAUGAAGGAAACCGUGCCAUAGUACUAGUACAAUAUCAACUGCAGUGGACUUUUUUCAGACCUUCAUUUUAUUAACAUUAUGUUGCAGCUCUGUGCUACAAUUCUUUCAAUUUUUUUUAUUUAUUUUUUUUUAAAUGUACGUCACUCUACAUUCAAUAUUCCAGAAUGACAAAGUAAAAAACGUUUAGUUUAAAAUUAGCUAAGUUUUAUUUUAUUUUUUUAAAAGGAAAAUAGAAAUGAAAUGUAACAUUGACAAGAAUUGUUUCUUGCUAUAAUGAACUGUUGCUCAGAUGCAUCCAAUUGCUCUAAGAUGCUUCUACACUUUGGAGUCCACCUGUGGCAAAUUCAAUUGAUAGGACAUGAUUUGGAAAGGCACACAUGUCUCUAUAUACACUGAUCAGCCUCAACAUUAAAAGCACUGACAGGUGAAGUGAAUAACAUUGAUUAUAUGGUUAUAGUGGCACCAGUUAAGGGUGGUAUAUUUAGCAGCAAAUGAAGUCAGUUUUUGAAUUUCAUGUGUUGGAAGCAUGAAAGAUGGGAAAGCGAAAAUAUUGGAGUGACUUAUACAAGGACCAAAUUGUGAUGGCUUCACUACUGGCUCAGAUCUCCAAAACAGCAAGUUUCGUGGGGUGUUUCUGGUAUGCAGUGGAUAGUACCUACCAAAAGUGGUGCAAGAACAACCGGUGAACCAUUGUUGAGGUCAUGUGUGCCUACGGCUCAUUGAUGCACAUGAGUGAAGUCUAGCCUGUCUGGUCUGAUCACACAGAAGAGCUAUUGUAGCUUUUAUGAGAUGGUUAAAUGGUCCAAAGGUUUCUCUAGAAGCAUUUAAUUGGGUCUUGGCAUGACGUCAGACAGGGGUGCGUUGUGACCUCUGUCCAUCGUUUAUGUGGUUGUUAAUUUGCCAUGAAGGGGUAUAGGUGGUGCUGGUCAAUGUCGCUCCUUGGUGGCAGGGGCCUCUUUUAGCAGGAUAUGAACAAUGCAAAAAUUAUUCUGGAAUGGUUUGAGAAACAUGACAAAGAGUUAGUUUUUGUCCUUUGACCUCCAAAUUUCUAUUAAAGUAGUUGUAAUGUUAAUGUUGUAGCUGAUCAAUGUAAGGUAUUAUAGCUGUAAAUGCAUUUCAGAGCUAAAACCAAGUCAGAGGUUUUAGGAACUGACCACAGAGCUUGUAGAAAGGAUUGUGUUGAAAUCUGUGAAAGUCUGCCAAAACUUUCAACGGACUUAAUACGUCUUAAAUGGAAGAACUUUAGAGAAACCAGUCAAACAGAGGAAUCUGGGGAGAAGAACCUUGGUAAGAGGUGACAAAGACCUUGAUGGUCACUCUAGGUGUCCUUUAGAGAUAAUGUGUGGAGAUGGUAGAAAUCACAAAAUGACAACAAUCCCUGCCACACUCCACCUAUCUGAGCUUUGUGGCUUAUUUUCCCAACUGAAGCUUCUCCUCACUGCAAGACACAUGAAGGCCUGCUUGGAAUAUGCAAGAAAGCACCUAUAGGGCUCUCAGACUUUGACAGAGGAAAUUAUUUUUACCUUUACAAUAAAAACCCAACUGUAAAGCAUGGUGGUGGUAGCAUGUUUUGUGAGUAGUGCUUUGAACGUAAACCCAGUUGAACAUCUCUGGAGCGCCCUGAAAAUGUCUGUCUACUGACAGUCCCCAUCCAUCUUCAGUGCUGGAAAAAGCUGCAGAGAUGAACGUCGGUUGCCACCCAGAUGCAGACAUACAAAGCUUGUUGCCUCAUGCGCUAAAAGACUUGAGGCUGUAAAGUACAAAGUUAAAGAGGUGCUAUAGGAAUCUAAACAAGCUUAGCUUUAUGGAAUGGAUUUAGUGUAAAGAUCAUGCCCCUGCAGUCUAAUUGCUCAAUUGUCUACCAUUUACGAGUUAAAUCACUGUUUAUACUGUCCUAUCCUCAUCUCUUCUAGCUAUGAUUUACACCAGGGGUAGUCAACCUUUUAACCCCUUAAGGACCAAACUUCUGGAAUAAAAGGGAAUCAUGACAUGUCACACAUGUCAUAUGUCCUUAAGGGGUUAAUACCUACUGCUCACUUUUGUAUCUUUGAUGGUAAAAUUUCCUUACCGCCCACCAGUGCUGCAGGAACUAAUUUUAUAACGCAGGUGCGCUUUAAAAAAUAAAUAAAUAAAAAAAGGUGAAGGGUGGUGUGUGUGUGUGUGUGUGUGUGUGUGUGUGGGCAGUCUGUGUUAGAGAUGGGGGCAGUGUGUGUGAAGGGUGCAUAGGGUCUAUGCUGUGUGUAGGUGGGUAAGAUGUGAAAAUCUAUCUUAAUGUCUCCUCCCUUCUUUCUUACCUUUUACUAGGCAAGGGGGACAUAAUGCUGCAAGCCCUGGUGUUCCAGUGGUGGCAUGUUCACUUAAGCCUGAAACUACUCUGCUAGCAGGUAGGCUCACCAGGAGGAACAGUCUCCCAUGCCUUUUACUCCCUCUGCUGGAACGAAGUGCGAUCUUUGAUCUGAUCGCCAGCCAGAGGGGGCUUACAGCAAAUUAUAGCUUAAAUGGACUGUUAUGUUUCAGGAAGUGCUUAGGAAGACAGUGUAAGUCACAUACAGGGAGGUGUGACUAGGGCUGCAUAAACAAAGUGAUAUAACUCCCAAUGGCAGAGAAUUGAGCAAUGAGACUGCAAGGGCCUGAUCUAUUCACCAAAUCCAUUCCAUUAACCCAAAUUUGUUUUGGUGAUUAUAGUGUCCCUUUUAAGGGUCUGAAUACUUGGAUCAAUGUAAUAUUUCAUUUAAAAAAAAAUGUUUUUGUUUAAAAUAAUGGUCGUAUAAUUAUUUAAAUUAGUUAUUGAAUGUAGACGUAUCUGGCAAAAACACUAUUUAAAAAUAUUUAAACCCCCCCCCCUCCCCCCCACAAAAAAACUAGCAUACGUCUGCAAUAAAAAAGUGAAAACAAUGAUGGGCUGUGAAUACUUUGUGAAUGCAAUGUUGAAGAGGUCCUGCUCGAACAUAUAUAUGGUCUAGUGGGGAUAGAUCAAGGAAUAUAAGAGGAAUUAGCAGUGGCGUACACAUGACCCAUGGGGCCCCGGUGCGAAAAUUGAUCUGUGGCUUACUCGGCGCGGGUCGGGCCGCAACACAUGGUGGCGGGCACCUGGUUGCAGGGCUGCGACCCCGGUAUGCACACACACUUUAAAGGACCACUACAGACACCCAGAUCACAUCAGCUCAAUGAAGUGGUCUGGGUACUAGGUCCCUCCAGUUUUAACCCUGCAGCUGAAAACAGCCGUUUCAGAGAAACUGUUAUGUUUCACUGAGGGUUAAUCCAGCCUCUGGUGGCUGUCUCAUUGACAGCCGCUAGAGGAGCUUCCGCGAUUCUCACUGUGAAAAUCACAGUGAGAAGACACUGAAUGUCCAUAGGAAAGCAUUGAGUAAUGCUUUCCUAUGGGCGGUUUAAAUGCCGCGCAUGUGCAGUCGAAGCUGAGAGGCGGAGGGAUCCCCAGCGCCAAGGGAGUCCGGCGCUGGAGAAAGGUAAAUGCUAAAGACACACACUCACGAACAGACGCAUACAUUUACUGACAGAGACACACUAGGCGACACAUACAUACAAACUCACUUACAAAACAUACACUUUCACUGACAAACACACUCCGUAACAGACACACAGUAACACACUCACUGACACUCACUAGCAGACACUAACACACACACAAACACACUCACUGACACUAGCAGACUAACACAAACACACACACUUUUUUUUUUAAAUUGAAUCCCCCCAGCCUUCUUACCUUUUGGAGAGCUGAGGGGAUUCCCUGGGGUCCAGUGGUGCUGCUGGGCUCCUGGGCGGCCAGUCACCUGGUGGGCGGGUGGCCGGCCCGCGAGGGAGCACUCUCCCCUGAGUGCUUCCUCUUCAGCUCCCUCGCGCGCCGCAUAGGGAUGCUGGCGCCGGAAGAUGACGUCAUCUUCUGGCUGCGGUAUCAGUGCGGUGCGCGAGGGAGCUGAAGAGGAAGCACUCAGGGGAGAGUGCUCCCUCGCGCGCCGGCCGGGUGCCAGCCUCGGGGGGACCCUGGGGUGGCCGGCUCCUGGGCCCCCCAGGAGAAGAGGCUGGCCCAGUGAGUACAUACCGGGUCGCAGGGGCGGUCGGGCCCCCUGGUGGGCCGGGCCCGGUCGCAGCCGCGACCCUGGUAUGUACGCCACUGGGAACUAGCCUACAGGCAAACAAGUACAUAGCAGAUAGAGGUGAGGAGUAGCUGGAGUAUCCCAGGUUUACCUCUAAUUUAGUGGUUUAGACUUUGACUCAAAUUCUCAGGAUUCUCCUGGCAGGUUUUUUCUGUUUAACCCCUUAACGCCGUUUAGGUAUUCUGUGCCAUGUGAACGUCAUAUGUAGUGUAUUUUAAUGUAUUUUACACUUGGAUUGAAGAUAUAUAUUUUAUAUUUAUAUACACACGUAUAAUUACAAUAAUAAAUAAAAUAUUUGAAAAAAAUUAAAAUAAAUUAUAUAUACAUAUGUAAUUUCAUUCUAACUGUAUUUUAUUAUUAAUAUAUCUAUAUAUAAAUAUAAUUACAUAAGUAUACAAGUAGAAUUUAAAUACGUGUGUGUGUGUAUGUAUGUGUAUAUGUAUAUAUAUAUAUAUAUAUACACACCCCACCCCCACCCCCGGACCCCUGGGCUCAUGACAUGGGGGUUAACCAUCCUCAGCGAGAAUCUCACGGAUCAUAAUAAAAGUUGUAAUCCAGAUAGGAAAGGCAGUUUAUUGCAUUAAAUUUGAAGACACAAAUUCCCAGUGUCUUGCUUUUUUUUUUUUUUUUGUUCCGCUCUGACAGCUGCACCUAGAAAGGGAAGGAGGUAAAAAAUGGAUAUAUAUAUAUUUUUUUUUUUUUUAUUAUUUUUUUUUUUUUAUUAGGGAAUUCUAUUGCCUGAGAGGGUAGCAAACGUUUUCACACUGUGUGCAUAGCCCACUGUCACGAUAGUGAAAAGAACCACAGCAAGGUACAAGUCACAACCUAACAAAAAGGCUUACCUUCCCAACAGCUCACCUGUGUAAAUCUUGCGAGUCCCGCGGCUGUCACGAGAUGCAGGCCACGAGAUUUACACAGGGAGCUGCUGGGAAGGUAAGAGCACAGCCCAUUCCACCGGACCACCAGGGAAUGACAUAUCCCCCCUCCCUGGCCAAGUAUUUAAUAAUAAAUACAAAUAUUUUAAAUAAUAAAAACGCCCUACCCCCACCCAGUUUACACACACUGUAAAUAAAUAUUCAAACAUUUAAUCUACUGAUGCCUCAAUUAAUGUAAUUUUAUUGGUAUCUAUUUUUAUUUUGAAACUUACCAGUAGCUGCUGCAUUUCCCACCCUAGAUUUAUACUUGAGUCAAUAAGUUUUUUUUUUCCCAGUGUUUUGUGGUUAAAUUAGGUACCUCGGCUUAUACUCGAGUAUAUAUGGUAUAUUAAAAUUGUACGUGUAUAUUUAAGUAUCUUUGAACAUAAUUGUGAUUUAAUUAAUUCAAAUUUGAUUGACAUGCCUGACAACCCAGGCAGAAAGUGCAGAGAAUUUAAUUCACAAGCCCUAUAUUUAACCCUGUAACUUUCCAAGAAACCAUAAAACCUGUACAUGGGGGGGUACUGUUUUAAUCGGGAGACUUUGCUGAACACAAAUAUUAGUGUUUGAAAAUGAAAAACUGUAUUACAGCGAUAUUUUCAGUAAAAGUGAAGUUUAUUUGCAUUUUUUCACACAUGAACAACAUUUUUACUGAUGAUAUUGUUGUAAUAUGUUUUACUGUUUUGAAACACUUAUGUUUGUUCAGUAGACAAUCCAAGGUAUUGCAAAUGGGGUGUGUCCAGUCAUUUUUGGUAGCCACUUGGUUACAAACACUGGCCAAAUAUGUUUUUUGCUUUAAACAAAAACAAAUAUGAACGCUAACUUUGGCCAGUGUUUGCAAUACCUUGGGUUGUGUGCUUUUGCAAACUGUAUGCCAUCAUGGGGGUAAUUCUCAUUCAUGGGCUACCACACAGUCUCAAAGGUAACAUUACUAAUCUGGCCAAUUUUAAUGUGGAAAAAUGGAAUGUGCUAUAUUUGACCCUGUAACUUUCUAAAACACUGUAAAAUCUAUUAAUGGGGGAUUACUGUUUUACUCGUGAGACAUUGCUGACUACAAAUAUGUGCAUUUUAUUGCAGUAAAAGCGAACAGUAUCAUGACAUUUACAGCUAAAAUGUCAGGCGGAACUACAAUUUUUUUUAUUUUAUUUUUUGUUUUGUACAUUUUAUUCAUAAGUUAUGUUUCAUAUGUGAAUAGUCCACGAGAAAUUAAAGUCCUUAUUCUCUUGAACAAAAUGAUAUAUAAGAAGUGUGGGUGCACUUAAUAUGAAAGAGGUGAAUUACAGUUGAACAGACAUAUAGCGCAAAUUCCAGGUUUUGUUAACAUUUUGUUUUGAUCAGAACGUGCACUAUUGACUCCGUCCUGAAGGGGUUAACAAGGGCCUACUUUUUUUUUUUUUUUUAAAUUCCAACCCAGUCAAUAGGUAUACAGAGGCAAAGUGGGGACUACUUUGUCUCUGUAUAUUUCUUGUACCUGACUCUUCUCUGCCCCUGGCACUCAACAUCUGAUGUUCAAUCAGGAAGCCUCAGACUGGGCAUCACCCAACCUCUCAGUAUCUCCCCAAAAGCAUAAAAGAUAGAGGUCCGUGUCUUCUUGAAAAUAAAAGCCCAUUUAACUGCAAAAUAUAUUGAAUACAUAUAUUCUAAAAGUUUGUCAUUUAUCUGAGGAUGUUUGUAUUUUAUAUAAUGUAGUUUUUAUGAUUAUGCUAAUUACAUUUUAUUUUUUUCCUUCUUUGUCUCAUUUUAAUACAGCGCUCCUGUCAAAAUGUUUCAACCACCUGUUAAUAACCUUGAAAAAAUUAGAAAAGCUCGGAAAAGGGUGAAGCAACUGCUGCUGCAGAUUGGCUUGGAGAGUUGCAGAGAGGUUUUAGAGGUAAGAGUUGUUUUACAGAUUUAAAUAGGUGCAAUGUUUUGUUUAACAAAAUAUAAAUUGCAUUGCUAGUUAGUAUUUUGGGGGGGUGUAUGUUCAUAUCUGCAAGCAAAUGUGGUAGGUAAGUGAAAUUCUGUAUAAUAUAUGCAUUCUAUAUUAAAUAAACUCUCCUGGCAAAAUAUUAGCAUGGUAAGUUUAUAGUAAAUCUUUGAAUAUCUUUUAUUUUUAUUUUUGGGGACAAGUAUACAUUUAAACUACUCGUCAAUAUGCUGUAUAGUCACUAUCUAAUAGUCCCUUGCAGCAGUUCUGUAUCUGUAUGAGCAGCUUUAGCAAAGAAACAAAUAUCAAAGGAAGGUCAAAGCUAGGGUGUUCUGAGGAGUGUUUUUUUUUUUUUGUUUAUUUUAGUCCAAGGAGUUACACAAACUUAGCAUAAUUAACAUGCUAAGUCUCUUAUAAGCCAACAGAUCUAUCCAUCUCCUUCCUCAAUGUACUUGGUAAAUGUAUUUGUCAGUACCAUCAUCUUUAUCUCUUCAGUUCUCGGCAGAUGAAGCUACCAAGAACGAUCAUCUCGAACACAUCCAUAAUAGUACAAAAUUGGUCUGUAGAGGACCUAGUGAGCCUGCAGGAUAGUUAAAAGAACAUUCUAAAAUUUAAAUUCAGGGGUAAGUAGAUAUACCCCCAUGCAUGUAUUCAUGGGGGUAUAUUUUAAAGCAGUUUGCAAAAGCUGCAGUUUGUUGCAGGCCUUUGCAAGCCCUCAACUUUUUCCCCGGAAUAGACUUUUCAGUAUUUUCACAGCGAAAUAGCCAAUCAAAUUCUUCUCAUUGAGAAGUCUCAGAAGGUCUCUCUCCAUGCUGUCACACACUUACAGCAUAGUGAUCUGAGACCUGCAAGAGGUGAGGCCGGCUCGCUCAAGUAGAGUGUGCCUGACACCUUUGUUAGGUCAGUGGAGCUAAUGAAUGCAAGAAGACAACCACAGGGGGAUUUCUUACAGAAAUCUCCACUUUUACAAACUGACUUUUUUGGGACAUUCUUUGUCCAUAAAGCACUUCAGCAAGCAAGGGUGUGAAGUGGUUCUUUAAAAGAAUGCUAUAGGCACUGUACUACUUUAGCUUAAAGGGAAAUUCCUGACACCUAAAAAAACUCUAGCUUGCUUGAUAUGUGUAGAUUUUAACAGAAAUUGGCAGUUUUAUAAAUUACCUUACAACCUCCAGCCUGUCAAUCAGUAAACUAGUCCUAUUACUUCCUUGUUGUAUAACUCAAGAAGCAUGCAGUUAUUCAGAGCACUUGUCUUGCAAAGAUUUAUCAUUGAGCUGCAUUUGGAAUCUGUGAGCGGACAGCCAAUGAAACUCUGGGCUGGGGAAGAAGGGGGCGGGUGGCUUGCAAAGGGAGCAGACAAAAUAGCUGCAGCUUUUGCAGGCUGUCUUUAGAUCAGUGUUUCCCAACCCAGUCCUCAAGGCACACCUACCAGUCCAGGAUUUAGGGAUUACCCAGUUGUGUCUAAGGUGUUUUUACAAAGAAGAAAAAAAACACCUUGGACACAACUGGGUAAUCCCUAAAUCCUGGACUGAUAGGUGUGCCUUGAGGACUGGGUUGGGAAACACUGCUUUAGAUAUAACCACAAUGAGAAAAUACAUGCAUGUUUUUCAUUAAAGGUAUACCUAAUAAACACUUUUUUCUAUUUAGGCAGUGCAGUGUCCAUUCAAUGGAGCCAUUUUAGUGUAUAGAUACUGCCUCAGUCUCUUUACUCUGUUUUCUGUCAUUUAGGUGUUAGAUUACUUUAUGUAGCACCACCUACAUAUCCCCUGGUUUUAACUUGCACAGCCUCAAUGAAAAGAAUGUUUCAUCUUUAAAGCACAGUGCAUCUCCAUUAGAAGUUCUUAUCCCUUGUUUCGUUAAUUUAAUUUAACUUUACACAGGAGGCUGCUGUAAGCACUAGAAUGCCAAUAACGCAGAAGAAGUUUAGAAAUUCUCAUUUAAACCCACUAUUCCAUAAGAGAAGCUACAACACUUGAGCCUUCAAAAAGUUGGUGAAGGCAUGAUCUGACUAAUUUAAGCAAAAUCGUUUUGGUGCUUAGUGCUCCUUUUAACAAAUCUUACUUGCAUAGUUACAUAGCUGAAAAGAGACUUGCGUCCAUCAAGUUCAGCCUUCCUCACAUAUGUUUUUGCUGUUGUUAGAAUUGCAUUGAAGACAGAAGUGACAUUGCAAUUUUAAGAAGAAAUCGUUCAAUCUGCCUGUGAGUGUAGCAUUGUUUGCGUAAAUAAGCACUUCCAGCAACAUUAGCUUGGCUUACCCACAGAGAACACAGUCAAUCAGUGUUGUCCAGGUUGGACAAAUUUGACAUGGGCAUUGAUAAUAUGGAAGUGGUAAUUCCACACUAGCAAGGAGGCUGGGAUGGGCGUGGUCCUUUGUACCAGGAGGGUCUGUGGUUAUGUUGCUUAGUUCCCCCUUUAACGUUCACCUUUCAUGAAUGAAGAUAGUUAAGUGCAUGUUCCCCAUCCUACCGUUGGAGUUUGCAUGCUUUGUAUAAUAAAAAAAAAAAACCUUUUUUUUUUUUUUUAAAUGAGUUUUUGCAUUUUAAAAAACAUAAUGCUGCUCACCUUUAAAAACUAACCUACCCAAUUGCCACCUUUUGGGAUUAUAUUCUUAUUCGUUUGCAAACAUUUUGAAAAACUGCUCAUUGAAAUUCCAAUUCAGUUAAAGAUAUUUUUUCUUAUGUUCAAACUAGCAUGUUAAAAACAAAAACAAACAAGUGCUAGAUGUCUUAAGUUUUUGCCAUCAAGUUUUGCCAAUUUUAAGACAGACAUCUCGUGUAUGCAAAACCUUGCAGAAUAUUCCAUAGAACCCCUUGCUGUAAGCCAUGUUCAAAAGAAUUGAAGUGGCUAAUUGCCUGCCCCUUUAAGGGUUACUCCAACCACCAUGACAUUUUCAGUGAGAUUGUGUUCCGUACUGCCAAAGUCAAUUCUGUUUUAUGUCUGUCAGGCAUAGAAACUGCUUCUGGAUUCCAGAUGAGUACAUUCUGGGGAGUUUUGGGGGCUUCUCUAUAAUGCCCAAUAGGACAUUUUACGCAGCCAUGAUCAUAAUGCCUGGAAUCUGCAUAGCAGAAUUUCACUAUGAAACAUUGCCUAUACAGAGUUUAACCCCUUUGCUGCCGGACAUGUAACUACUCCUCCCCCAGUGUCAUUGGGACAUAAGUAGCCAGCCUGGAACAAGAGUUCUGGGCAACGAAUGUUAAUUCUGGGUGUAUUUUAAGUCUAUUGUCGGCAUGCAAACUCUACAACUGUAAAUGUGAAUGAACCUAUAUCCCAGCACUUUAUAGUAUGACUAGGGGAAGUAAAUGAAGAGCUAAUUGACUGUCUAAACCAGGGGUUCUCAACCCAGUCAUCAAGGACCCCCUACUAGUCCAGGAUUUAGGGAUUACCUGGGUGUGUCUGUGGUGUUUAGAAAAAGAAGGGAAAAAAAAACACUUUAGAAAAAGAAGAAAAACGAAAAAAAAACACCUUCGAGUCUAAAGUGUGUGGUUUUUUUUUGUUUUGUUUUUGGGUUUUUUUGUGUUUUUUUUUUUUAAACACCUAAGACACACCAGGUAAUCCCUAAAUCCUGGACUGGUAUGGGGUCCUUGAGGACUGGGUUGAGAACCCCUGGUCUAAACAGAGCCAAGAGAUGAGGAGGGUUACAAUGGAAGUGAUGCAUUAAAAAGGUAAGUUGCUACUGGUAUGGAAUACUCUUUUUAACUGGACACUUUAAUAAACAAAUCUCUGCAUACUUAGUAUUCUGUCCAUUAGGGAUACACCAAAAUUUCCGUUGCCGAAAAUGGGCCUAUCCCAUUUCGCCGAAAAAGGGUAAAAUCUGCCGAAAAUUGGGAGGGGCCGUCUGUCCGGGUAGAGAGCCAGUACAGUCUGCAGCUCUGCCGGGUGUGAGCUGCAGACUGUGCUGUAUAUUGUAAUCUCUGGCCAAUCAAAGCGGUGUCUUGGGUUACCACGGCGAAGCUCUGAUUUCUGGAUAUUGCGAGAUACAGCAGUCUGCAGCUCACGCCCAGCGGAGCUGCAGACUGGAUGGCCCACCAGGGAAACAAAGGUAUUAUGAACACCCUUCCUCAGUCACUCCGUCACCCCCUCCAUUUUUGGUGGAAAAAAAGUCAUUUUUGGCCAAGGGCAUCCUGAAUUUUCAUUUCAGUGCAUCCCUACUAUCCAUACUAAAAUAUUCUCUAGAUGUUGCCUCUACAGUUCUACCACACAACAUGGUCCUGCACAAGUUUGCCUGCUUUUCUCACCAAGGUGCUGCCCCAGCCAUUCCCAAUAUCUUAAUACAAAGGAGAGCACUCACUGGAUUUGUAGUAUUUUGCAAUUUGGAAAAUUACUGUUUGGUAGUUUAAUGUGCCGUUUGAAUCAUAUUGAUGUAAUACUCGCUUGUGUUUGACGUGAAAAUACUCACUGCAUUUGAUAUUGACAAAUGUGUCUAUAAGUAAAUGUAUGUAAACUUUGCAUUGAUAUCCUAAAUGCCUACUGAGAGGCAAAGGGCUACAUUUUAUUUAUUUGAAUCUUGAUACCAUAAUGCUGCUGAUGUUUUAUUUUUAUUUUUUAUUCCUUCACAUUUUGUAAUAACAUUAUCGUAUUCAAAUUUAAAACAGCCAUUUGUGGGGUUUUUAAAUAUGCAUAUUCAAUCACAAAAAAAAGUUUCUUCAGUUUACGUUGGUGUAUCAAUAAGAUUACCUUCAGUUUUUUUCUUGCUCACUUGCUACUAGUACACUUUUGCAUAGCCUUUCCCAACUUUUAUAUUUCUCAUGGUUACCCCCUGCAGUAUGUCCUUCAUCUCAUCCUGCCCAUCCUCCUAGUUAAGGUGUUUCUCCCAGGGAGACCAAACUUUUUCAUAAUGCUGUUAUGAGGCUUAGGCGGUGGAUGAAAGGGAGUUUACUUGGUGAGUGACAAUCACCCCAAUACGGUUUACUGGGUAUUAAAAACAAUUGUAAUAUAUAGAUGAGGGCACUCGCUGGAUUUAGUGAAAUCAGAAAUGUAACCUAAAUAGUUGAUUUACGCUAUGCAAAUUUAAAGGGACACUCCAGUGCCCAAAUACAAAAUAAAUAAAAAUCUCUGUGUAAUAGAUAUACCCCAAAUGAAAACUUGCAUGCAUUUAAAUAUAUAUAUAUUUUCAUUGGGGAUAUAUUUAGAACAAGCUUGCUACACCUGCAGUACUCUUGUCUGCUGCCUUUGCAAGCCCUCCUCUUCUAGCCCCGCCCAGACUUUCUGUGGCUGUCCAAUCACAGACUUCCCAAUGCAGCUCAAUGAAAAGUCUGGGCAAUAGCUGCCUUUUGAGUUCAGCUGCAUUGAGUAGACAAAACCAGGAGGUAACACUACCUGUUGUCUGCUUGCAAGCCAAGGGGGUGUAACCUGGUUAAUUUAUAAAAGUGUAAAUUUUUAUUGAAAUAUGCGCUUUUUUUGCAAAAUGGGAAAAAAAAAGAGGAAACUCUCUUCACCCACAAAGCUUUUCAGCAAGUUGUUUAGGGGUCUGGAGUGAUCCUCUAAAUACACAGAAUUAGAUUAUUCGCUAAAUUCAGCGGCCAAUCUCAUCUUUUUGGUUUGUGUAUAUCUUUUGCGCUGUACAGCACUGUUUUUUGUUUGGUCUUUUAGUUUACCUACCUUGUAUCUUGGGUUUCUUAAACAGUAGUUGCAGGAAAUGCCAAAUAUCCAUUUGAACUGUGACCACAAAUAUUUCCUUUAAAAUUGAAAGUGUGUGUGUGUGUGUGAUUGGUGAGGAGCAAGCGUCACUGUGGAUGACUAAACAAAAUGCUCUCUUCUGCUGUCCAUACCAUCCAAACAUUCCUUUGUCUCUCCCUGUAAGCAUGUUUUUUCAUAUUUUGUUAUGUGCAGAACACAUUUAAUACUUUCUGGUUGAAGGGACACUUUAGGCAUUAUAAACAUUUCCUAUUUCUGAGUGGAUUACAGUUCGUGGAGUCCCAUGUGCUGUCUCUCUAUUUAUUUAUUGCUAAACCAUUUUCAAAUGGUUUAACAUUGAACAAGGCUCCCCACUGGAGGUUUGACCAACACAGAGAUUACACUAGUCCAUAGCCCUACCUAUUCAUACCGGGGAAGGGCUGCUGGGGACCCUCCUUUUUCCUGUUAAACCAUUUAGAAGGAGUUUAAUACUAGAUUGAAGGAAAGCACCAAGUGAACUAGAUAAUAUAACUACGGCAAUAACCUUAAACUGUAACAGUGCCUAGUGUUCCUUUAAGCCACUCCUUUUUGAGAAGAAUGUUGCAUACUAUAGUCUUACUACUAGCAUGCUGUAGUUGAAAAUUUUUAAUUCUCAAAACUUAGUUUUUUUGGUUUCUUAAAAAAAUCCAAAGUUAAAACAUUAAAAAAAUAAAUAUAUAUAAUGGAUCUUGAAAAAGACCCGGUAGGGUCGAAACGUUGAUCGAUUUCUGUAUGCGUCCUAUUGAUUAAUAAAGCACUAUUUUCACUAUAUGUAUAUGAGAUUUUAAAACCACAAAAUGAAAUCCUUUUACAUGAUUAAUAUUACAGCUUGUAGAUUUUCUUUAUUUACUCUUUAGCUGUCCUGCAUUGUAGAGCUUCUAUCACUGCUUUCAAGCUAUCAUUGCUGUCAAAGGUUAUAUGACUUUGCAUGGAAAAAGCAGAAGUGUAACUUGUGCGUUAUACAAGUAGUUGUAGAGUGGUGUAUGGGUGCCAAAGGAGAACAUUAAAACGAAGAGAUGACAAUCAGACUCGCUGCACUUUAAUAACUACAUAGAACUGUAGUGGUUAUGGUACAUGGCAUGCCCCUUUAACAAAACUGUUUCUGUCUGGGCACAGUGUGUCUUCCCAGACUUCCCAUAAAGGUAAAAAAAAAAAAAAAAAAAAGUGUGCUGUCUGCAGCUUUAGUUGUUGUUUGUUUGUUUGUUUGUUUGUUUGUUUGUUUUUAUAUUACCAAUUGUCAAAAGUAGAGUUGAAAAUUUGUUGUUCAGUUUCUAAAUGUCGUUGAUAAAACAGAAUCAUUAGGGGAGCAAGGACGAUAGUGGGUUGGAGUUUCCACUUUACACUCAAAGGUGACCUCUAGGAACUCAUGUUUUUGUGGAAUGUUACGUAUAUGCAUUAAUAACAACUGGCACCAUAACAACUUUAAUUAGACAAAGUUGUUAUGGUGACAGUGCCCUUUUUUUCUUUUCUUUUUUUAAUUCGUCAGAGGGGUUUUGAUAUAAGUAUUUUAUUUUCUAUCUGUUUUGACAGUCACAAGAGUUAGGUCUAGCAAACUAGAUUUGUGUCUUUUAAGGGAAAUAAAAAUGUUUUUACUUUUAAAAAAGAUGUUCAUUUGCAGACUUACCUUCUAAAUCUGCAAAUGUCCCUUUAUAAAUGUAUGUGUGAGGUAUUUUGCGAAUUCCAGUUAUGACUGUGAGCAGUAAUAAUUGUGAAUGUGUAUAUCAUAAAUAGAUCCAUGGUAACCACUUUUUAGAUUGUGACUUCACAUUGGGUCCACUUCUGUUUGUGGUUAAAGUCCAAUCCAAGACCUCAUGGUUUAUUACAGGGCUAGAGCUAGCAAUUACUUGAACGUGAUUAAUCCUGCCUUCUAAAUAUUUUAGUGAUCUGCCUGCUCUAUGGCCUGCAUUAGUGGCAAUUCUGAUGCCUCUGUAAGCAGCCACUACAUAGAUCUUGAAGGAACUUCGAUCUGCAGCUUUGUUAAAUGCAUACUAAUGUUACAUCUUUGAGAGUGUUACCAAAUGGCCUUUCAGAUUAGAUUUCUGAUAUCCAAGCUGCAGUUUCUAUUCCAGAGAAAAUAUAGAAGAAAAAACUAAAAUGCAAUCAUAUACUGCAAAUUAUUGGUUGGUAUUGUAUAUACUUUCCAUGCCUUUGACUCUUAUCUGGUAAUCUGUUUCCAAGUGAGAAUUCUUAGUAUAUUUUUAAAAAACCCUAAUAGGGUCUGGAAUACAUACAUUUUUUCCUGAUCAUGUAGUGUUAAAAACACUAUAUAAGUAGAUCUGCCUGUGCUUGCGCUGCCCCCACCUCCUACGGAAAGCAUUGGAUUGGCUGAGAUUGUCAAUUCUAAUGAUCUCAGCCAAGGAGGCAGAGCCGGGACGGAGCCAAACUUCACGCUGGCCAGUCACCAUCUCUAUGAGUAAAGUUCAUGCAGAGUGUGGAGAUGCUAAACGUCUCACCUACCCAGGAAGCACAUCUAGUGGUCCUGAGUGAUUACUACUGUAGGUGUCCCUAGGCAGCAAUGUAAAAAAAAAAGCAGCAUUUGCAUGAAGCUGCCUGCAGGGAUUGAAUAUACACACUUUCCUUGAACACCUACAUUAAGCUGUAGUUGAUCUAGUGACUAGUGUCCCUUUAAUAAUAUAAUUAUCACACAUCCAUUAAAUGCCAAUUGCUCCUGAUCAGUUUUUGUGGCAUGGCACAGGCUGUGCUUCAACAGCCUUGUCCAGAUAACCUUGUGCUAAGCCACACUCUUUAGGAGAACCAGGAAUAGAUAAAUUUUUAGAGGCAAUGGCAGAAAGUUGUGAUUCACCUUCAUGGCUUUCUGGCUCCUAGGGGUUUCCCAUCCCUGAAUAUAGGAAUGCUUUGAGAGGCAGGUUGUUUACCCAGAACUGCAUAGAUUGUUAGCUCUGUUCUGGUAUAGAAAAGCUUACAAGAGUGUUAUACAAAAAAACAUUAAGUAUCAAAAUAUAUAUUCUUUUGUUUGUUUUUUAGGAAAUCAACAGUAAUAAUCCAGGAGACUAUCAUUUUUCCAGUACAUCAUGGGCGGAUGUCUCGCUUUGGGAAGCUAAUGGACGCAGAAAUGUAUGUCUUACCCUAGUGACUGGCAAUAGAGUAGAAAAGGGCGCAAAUCACAGCACUCUUUUUUAAAAAAAAAUUAAAAAAUUCAAUUUAUUUUGUUAGAUAAAAAACAUUUGUGUCCAGGCCUUUGUGCCUGAUCUGCCCAAUAUUAGAUUGGGUACAGUUUAAUCUGCAGGUGUAUAUAGUGCAUGUGUAAGUGUAUGGAAUUGUAUUAUACAAUAUCAAUUUUCAGAGUGUAAAUAUCGGAGUAUCAAACUAGUGCUCAUGAAACAAGUAGUUACUGGAUUUCAUGUGAGUGACUGUAGAACACUAUGGAAUGUUUAAUUUCCUGGCUUGUAAAACUAAUUCUAAGAAGUGUAGAUACUUGAAAAGAAGCCAUAAUUUGUGAUAUAUAAAUGUGUGUGUGUGUGUGUGUGUGUGUGUGUAUAUUCAUAUGACCGUAUUGAUGCCCUGCUUGCAGCACAACUGCUAGUCUGUUGGGCUAUGGCUUGCGUGGGUCUUCCCUGAAUCAAUCUUGCUGCACCACCUGGUCUUUGUCUAACAAGAGACAAACGCAUUGGAGCAUGUGGCUUUUAGGAUAGCUUCUUUGGAUGCUAGUCAUAUGGAUUGACAAGGUAACAAUCACUGCUAUUACUAGAUACUGUAUUUUCUGGCGUAUAAGAUGACUUUUUAACCCUGGAAAAUCUUCUCCAAAGUCGGAGGUCGUCUUACACGCCGGGUAUAGGGUCUAUAUGGCUGCCAGGGGCGCCCUGCGCCCCCAUCGCCAGCCCUUCUAAUGCUGCAGCCGCCUGAGCGCUCUAUAGAGAGCGCUCAGACGGCUGCCGCACUGCCUCUCUUCUCACCUCCCCUUCCCUGUGCAGAGUGGGUGGCCGAGCUCCUCUUCGUCCUGUCAGUCUGGCCGGGUACCGCGCGGUACAGGAGAUUCAGUUACCUGUUCCCGGCCGGACUGAAAGGAAGUGCACACUGAGACUGACAGGACGAAGAGGAGCUUGGCCACCCACUCUGCACAGGGAAUGGGAGGUGAGAAGAAUGUAGGGAGGAUUGGGGGGAUUAAAAAGAAUGGAGGGGGGGAGUAAAAAGAAUAUAUCACAAUUAGCCUCCUGUGUGCUAGACCAGCAGGCAUGGAUUAUAUGCCCAAACAGCCUGGCACAUACCUUGGCUUUAAAUGCUAUUUCAGAUUAUCAUUAUUUAAUGUCUUGCUGUGUAGCUCUGUCUGCUCACUGUACAUUAUGGCUAAUUUUUAUUUGGUGUGCAUUGGAAGAGGGGUAGUCUUAUACGGCGAGUAUAUCCCAAACUCUAUAUUUUAACUGGAAAAGUUGGGGGUCGUCUUAUACGCCCAGUCGUCUUAUACGCCGGAAAAUACGGUAGUUUAUUCAAAGACAUGACCAUCCGUUUCUGCAGUAAUUGUGGUGACACUUCUACUUAGGGGAAAACAAUUUGUCUAUAUAGACACACACCAAUUUCCCCCUCACUGUGGGCAGUUGAGGACAAAUUAGCAGGUGUACGAUUUGAGUCAAGACUGAGGACAAAUAAGAUACCUUUGGCAAACUGGUUACAUAUGUAGAGAGGCUGUUGGAACAAUGCAAAUUGUACAUAUGGCCACAUUCAACAUCACUUGGGAAAUUUGGUUGGUUCAGAGUUACUGAGUAAUUAUCAUGAGACCUUCUGCCGGGAAAAUUGACUGGGUGAGCAGAAGGAUUAAUGGAACUAGCAGUUGGUAUAAACUAGGGAAGAUUGCAUGUUGUAAAAAGAAUACCGCAUGCAACUGUAUCUGAAGUACCGUUAAAGGGAUACUAUAGUUCCAGGAAUAUAUAGCUGUAUUCCUGGCACUAUCGCUCCUCCUCCGGCUGGGUGAAUAAGCAUUAAAAACCCUUUUAUUUACUAACCUUAUCCCAGUACCAAAAUCCCUCAGCACUGGGUUGAUGCUUCGCCACUCCGUCAUCCCCGACAAACUGGCGCUGAUGUGCUUCGCUGCAAAUGCUGCGCACAUUAGGCCUCCCCAUAGGAAAGCAUUGAAUCAAUGCAUCAUAUGGGGAACAAUCUGACGCUGGUUGUCCUCAUGCAGAGUGUGAGGACGUCCAGCGUCAGAUAAUUGAGCAAAGGUUCGUUUCGAUCCAGGAAGCCCUGUAGUGGUUGUCUGUGAGCAGACUUACAGCUCUGGUACUGCAAUGUUUAACAAAAAAAAAUUACACCCAGACCACUUCAAUGAGCUGAAGUGUUCUGAGAGCCUAUAGUGUCCCUUUAACAUCAAUUUAGUGAAGCAUAAGAUGCCACUAUGAAACCCUGAAUAAUAAUGGUUUUUGAGUGUCAUGUGACUUUCCUUUAAAUAAGGGACAGCACAUAACAAAGGUUACCCUGAUGCUCAUGUUGGAUAUAUUACUGUAUCGUAAACAAAAACUCUUGUGUGUUUUUACUGAUGAUAUAAGGGUCUAUUUUAGUAUUGAGAUUGACAUUUCAGAUAAAGUGAGAAUUUGCAGAAAUUCUAAUUGAAUUACAAAUUAUAGGACAAAAUACCCAAACUGAAUUGACUUUGAGGAUUUUUAUAAUUUGCCUCUUUUGGCAUAAAUUUUUAAAAUCACUUUGAAUUCCCUGAUUUGUGUUGUAACUUUGUUCACUAGGGAAUGGCAAAUUGAAUGCCAGAAUAACUGAGCUGGACAUUCCUUAGUGAAUUCCUGACAAUUCAGAAAUAUUUUAUUUGGUUAUUUGUCGUGAUAUUUAACACUGUAAGUACGGAGGCAAUUGUCUAAUUUCUGGUCAAAAACAAAACCUAGAAUGUUUGGUUAUCUCUUUAAGUGCAUCCAAACAUACAUACAUACACGCACACACAAACACUCUAUACAUUUUCUUUAAAGGACAUAAAUGGAUUUCUUUUAAUAUCCUUCAUGUAUAUGCAACACAACAUUAGGUAUGAAUAAAAUGUUAACAUAGGUGUCAAACAUUUUUGCCUUUUAGUUGCACUUGAUGUAUAAAAAUAUAAACAAAAGAAAAAUAACUAAAAUUAGAUUCACGCAUCUAUCCUGAUUAUUAAAUGCCUCCUGUCUAGGAUCUAAAUUAAUUAUGGGUAGUUAAAGGAGCACUAUAGUGCCAGGAAAACCAGUUGUUUACCUGGCACUACAGCUCCCUGUAGUGCUCCCCCCCCCCCAGGUGGUAUCAUCAUUGGAAAAAGGUAGGGCAUAUCAGUUAAGGUGUUAUAGGAAUAGUUAAGUCUGAGAUUAGUUUGUGCAAGAGUUAGUUGUACAUCGGAACGCCAGCUCCUCUGUGUCAUUUUGUCUAAAGAAGGUAUAGAGUAUGUUUGUUGGCAAAGGCACAGUUGCCAGGUCUAAAUAAACAAUCGCCAUUCAUAGGCUGAGAGUUUGGGGUAUGUAUCAUAUGUUGGCUGGAGAGAUAAUGUCUGCUAGUUUCCAACAAUUUUUACUUAUCUGGGGUAUGGCACUCUGUGUAGCUAUGGGACAGGGAAGUGUGGUCGUGAAGAACACUAUGGGACAGGGAAGUGUGGUCGUGAAGAACACUAUGGGACAGGGAAGUGUGGUCGUGAAGAACACUAUGGGACAGGGAAGUGGGGUCGUGAAGAACACUAUGGGACAGGGAAGUGGGGGUGAAGAACAUUAUGGGACAGGGAAGAACAUUAUGGGACAGGGAAGGGGUGAAGAACAUUAUGGACAGGAAGGGGGGUGAAGAAACAUUAUGGGACAGGGAAGGGGGGUGAAGAACGUUAUGGGACAGGGGAAGGGGGUGAAGAAGCGUUAUGGGACAGGAGGGGGUGAAGAACACUAUGGGACAGGAAAGGGGUGAAGAAACGUUAUGGGACAGGAAAGGGGGUGAAAAACGUUAUGGGACAGGGAAGGGGGGAAGAGCGUUAUGGGACAGGAAGGGGGUGAAGAACGUGUAUGGGACAGGAGGGGGUGAAAGAGCGUUAUGGGACAGGAGGGAGGGGUGAAGAAGCGUUAUGGGACAGGAGGAAAAGGUGAAGAGCGUUAUGGGACAGGAGGGAGGGGUGAAGAACGUGACUGAUAUGGACAGGGGAGCUAUGGGACAGGAGGGGGUGAAGAACACUAUGGGACAGGGAGGGGGGGGUGAAGAACACUAUGGGACAGGGAAAGGGGGGUGAAGAGCGUUAUGGGACAGGGAGUGAAGAACGUUAUGGGACAGGGGGGGUGUGAAGAACACUAUGGGACGGGGGGGUGAGGAACACUGUGGGACGGGGGGGUGCACUAAAAAGAGAAGGGAGAGGAACAGGGGAAAGGGGAGGGACACGAAGACAGGUAAGGGGUGGGGAGCAGGGGAGUUUCUACCGCACAUAUUUACACACAAACACACACACACUUGAAUCCACUACUGCAACACACACACACACACACAUAUAUAUAUAUAUAUAAUCGUAAAAAAAAAUGUGUCAUGUAUAUUUUGUGCAUUUACAGCGUAAUAAUUUUUUUCCAAAAUAAAUAAAUACGGUAAAUGUACAGAAUAUCGGUAAACUAUAUGCCUGAAAGUUCACAGAUUAUCAGUAUCUGCUCUAUAAAAAAAAUCCAAAAAAAUCAAUAUUGGUCGAUCCCUAGUGUCGACUUUAUAACCACCGUAUCUCAAUUUUAAGGGCUUUGUGUCAAGAUUUUCAGAAAUGAUUAAGCUUAUGGUUCUGUCCGGCCAAUGGAAAAAAAUAUAUAUAUUUAAAAAAAAUUAUUUUAAUUUUAGUACAUAUUACUGGCAUCCGGUGUACAAUGGGAAAUAAACUAUACCUUACACUUAGAAAAUAAGCUAUUAAACACCCUUAUUAUUGUGAUGUAUAAUUAGAUUACAGGAGUAAAGUGAAAAAAACAUUAAAAUCCAUGCAAAAACCAUUGAAUCCAUAGAUUUUUGUAUUAGAAUUGUGUGACUGGUUUAAUAAAAUAUUCAAGUUUGAAAUAAUCCCAGAAUACUGCCAAAUAUUUAAUGCUCAUAGUAAUAAGAUCUCCUUUUUAUAUUUGGAUUUUUUAUUGAUGUAUGACUACUAUACCCAAUAAUAUACAUUUCAUCAGUGUUAUGUCGUAUUGUCUUUCAGAUGAUUAAUUUGUUUUUAUUAGUAUUUUGUCUAAUUUUUUUUUGUGUUUUUCUUUAUUCCCUAGGAUUACCGAUCAAAACCAUUUUGCUGCAGUUUAUGCAAAUUUUCAACUAAGUUGCUGUCUUCGUUUAAAAGUCAUCUCAAACGGUAUCAUGAAGAUGAAAGGGACCAAGAGCUUAUGUCUGCUUGUCCUAAUUGUCCAUUUACUUCUCGGUCAAAAACUGUUGCAAAACACAUACGGAUGUUUCACAUGAACACUCGCAAAGUCCCUAUUCCAACUUUAAAAGAGAUUCCAAAUGUGCAAAAGAACAAUCUCAAUUUCUCCUGCUCAAAAUGUUCUUUCACUGAAACUCUUUACUACAGCAUGAAGAAGCAUGUGCUUAUAACGCAUUAUAAGACUGUAGCUGACUCUUACUUUGGUGAAAAAUCUGAAGAGGAAGUCUACAGUAUCCCUGGCAUUAAGAUUCAACCAGUGAAUAGGUUUUUCUGCAGGAAAUGUCAUUAUUCAGUUUCAUCCCAUGAUGCCUUGAUGUACCACGUUUUAACAUCUGAAAAACACAGGGACCUGGAGCUGAAACUAAGAACCGAUAUUUCUGAAAUGAGCCGAGCAUAUCGGAAGAAAGGCCAAACCAAGUCAAGAUUGCCCGUGGUGUCUGAUGUGUCUGAUGCUUCUACACCUAAACAAACAGAAAUUACUUCAAAUUCCUCUGCUUCAGUUCCGGUGUCCGUUCCUCAAAGACCUAAGAAACUUUUAGAAAUUGCACCGGCUGUUAAAAAGAAUGGUGUGCCAAACAUAACUAAUGUCACAGAUUCUUCUGGGAGUUUGGUACCAAAACCUCCUACAUCUGUUGCUCCCACAGUGCAAGUUGGAUUUGUUAAUAACACACAGACCACAUACAAUACACAUACACUGUCACAAAACCCAAACAUUACUCUUCAAACAGCCCUUCCUCAGUCUGUUUUUCUCUCUUCAAGAUUUCCUCUGAACCAGCCUGUGACUGCAACUGUCCUUCCCUCUACUGGACAAAUUAUACCUACUGCUCAGAAUGCUGUUAGACCUGCUGUUCUUCCUCUUAAUCAGCCAUUGCCUAGUGGUCUGCUACAUGUGAAUCAGUCCACAGUGCUUACAUGUUCACAGCCUGGUAUCAUCAAUGUGAACCAGUCUGUGAGACCUGGAAAUAUAACCACAAAUCAAACUGGUGUUCCCCAAAACACCUUCCUCACUGCUCCCAUAUUUAGACAACUUAUUCCAACAGGGAAGCAAGUAAAUGGUAUGCCCACAUAUACCCUUGCUCCGAUAUCUGUGCUGCCUGUUGCUCCUUCUGCUCUUCCUACUGUUAACCCACCAAAAGUGCCAGUGAAGGUGAAAUUGCCUGAACAAGUAAUUCAGAUUUCACGUUCUCCAGUUGGUGCAACAGCAAUUCCACCUGUCCUGCAACUUAAUACCACCUCUUUGCAAAAGGUUGCAACUGCAACUCCAGUCCCGUUGGGUAAAGAAGCCAAGCAAUGGAAGACAUGUCCUGUGUGCAAUGAAUUGUUCCCUUCAAAUGUCUAUCAAGUACACAUGGAGGUUGCUCAUGUUACACCUGAUACAAAGCUCAGACCCACAGAUACAACUACCUCCAUUGAAACAAAACAACCGGUUGUUAUUGCAGCUCAAGCAUCUUUUCUAAAAUUAUUGAAAGACAAAUCUAUCAAAUGUGCUUCUUGUCGGACUGUGGCCCAAGAGGAGGAACUUUUAAAGCAUCUGCUCAUGCAUGGAAUGAUUUGUCUGUAUUGCAAAGCUGUUUUCCAUGAAACAAGAAAUUUUGUUUACCAUAUGAAAAUACUGCAUCAAGACAAAAAGACUAUCCACGUAGACUUUUCCAAAAAAGGCCUGCAGAUCCCAACUGAUGCUGAUGGUACUGUACUUUUCCCUCAUUUUGAUUUCACCUUAAAGCUUUCAAGAGAUGUACUGGGAGACAAAGAAAUAAACCUUGCUGUAGUCAUAGGAAGCAAUGCUCAGGCUGCUACAUUAUACCUUAAGUUACAGCACAAAUCUACAGAUACAACUGCUGCAACUGAUGAGCAAGUCUCAAAAUGUCCCUUCUGCAAUUAUGUUCUUUCCAAAACAGAGGCGUAUGAGACACAUUUGAAAGAUAGACACCACAUUAUGCCUACAGUGCAUACUAUCUUAAAGACACCUGCUUUCAAAUGCAUUCAUUGUUGUGGUGUCUACACAGGUAGUAUGACAUUGUCUGCCAUUUCUGUGCAUCUGCUCCGUUGUCGGAAUGCACCCAAAGAUAUCAGCCCUGGAGCUGAGGUUACUCCAGAAAAUAAUGCAGGUAAAACACAAUCUUUAAGAGGGGGAAUGCAUGAUUAUGCAAAGCCACAAAGUUUGACUUCAGACACUCAGCAUAGUGGGAAUGAGACCAACCAGCAGGAUCGUGUCACAACUGAUAAGGAAUUGCCCACUCACAAAAGAAGAAAGGUGGACUUUAACCAAGACCAUGCCGGGGGUCAUGUUGAUGAUGCAUCUCUAGAGUUACUUGCAAUGGUUCCAGAUCGAAAGAUAACUUCCAAUGAAUAUAAAAAGGAAUUUUUAUUACAGUAUUUUCAUAAAAGACCAUAUCCUAGUAAAAAAGAGAUAACCAUACUGUCUAGUUUGCUAGACAUGUGGAAAAGUGAAGUAUCUUCGUUUAUUGGAACUAAACGAUACGUGUGCAUGAAAUUCCUGAAAACCCAUAAACAGAGGGUGCUGCUUGGAUAUCAGAUGUCUGAACUUAAAAAAGUGAAGCAUGAUCUGGACAUAAAUGAUGAUUACUAAAUCAUUUUAUUUUAUAUGCAUACAUAUAAAUGAGUUUUUUUUUUUUUUUUUUUUAAAGACAUGCUAAAGUGUUUCAAAUGUUACUUUUGCUUUUCCAAUCUGUCAUGGCUUUUUUACGGUUAGUGAUCUAUUCCAGUGACACACAUUUGGC